AGUUUCAGGGCGGUCGGUGUUUCAAGCUGAAGCAAAGAAACAACCAAAAGCUUCUUUCUUUUUUAUUAGUUUAAAUAUUAGAUUUUUAAAAAGACCYGGGUUGUUCUGUUUUGUUUUGCAUACUGGUUCUGCAGCGAGAGAGGAAUCUGGGAACGCCCAGGUGAGAAGGGACGACACAGGUGACAGAAAGACAGUUUCAUUGAAGACGAGGCUCAGGGAGCAGGAGGAAUCCAACCUUUAAACAUCCAGCAUGUACGCGGCAUAUUCUUCAGCAGAGAUUAGUUUCGGUCUGGAGUGUUCACACAUUCCUCCCGACAGCGCAGCAUUGGAUGAUGAACAGUAUAUUUCUGUCCGACAGGGUUCAUGAACGGCAUGCGUGAAGAGAAGAGGAUUGUUCUGGUCGGGAAGACCGGAGUGGGGAAGAGCGCGACAGGAAACACCAUCCUGGGGAGGGAGGCCUUCGAGUCCGACAUGUCUCCAGCUUCGCUCACGGCCGAUUGCCAGAAAGCCAAGGGAGUGAUUGACGGCCGGUCGGUGUCGGUCAUCGACACGCCGGGGCUCUUUGACACCAAUUUCACUCAAGAUGAAGUGCUGAACAAGAUCAAGAUGUGCAUCUCUCUGGCCGCUCCGGGUCCUCACGCCUUCUUGGUGGUCCUCCAGAUGGGCAGGUUCACCAAGGAGGAGAAGGACACCAUCAAGAUGAUUCAGACCACGUUUGGCGAGGCCGCGGACCGACACACCAUGGUUCUGUUUACACAUGGAGACCACCUGAAGCACCAGUCCAUCGAGAGCUUCAUUUCAGAAAGCGCAGACCUGAAAGCCUUCAUCCACAAGUGCAACAACAGAUACCACGUCUUCAACAACGAGAUCAAAGAUCCCAAGCAAACCUGGCAGCUGCUGGACAAGAUCGACCAGAUGAUCGCAGACAACGGUGGAGGCUACUACUCGAACGAGAUGUUCGAUAAAGCGGAAGCCGCCAUCCAGCAGGAGAAGGAGAGACUCCUGAAGGAGAUGGAGAAGGACCGGCUGAGGGAGCUGGAGAUGCUCCGAGCCAAAUACUCGGGAAACGCUUUCUACAGAGAGGAGCGCAACCUGACCAUUAGGUACGACUGCGAAGCUCGGAGGCGAGCGGAGAGGUCCAACGCCUUCCUCGCCGCACCCACCAUCGCCGUGGCCGUGUCCUGCGGCGCAGUGGUGGGGGGCUUGUUGGGGCUGGCGGGGGGUCCGAUCGGAGCGGCGGUGGGAGUCGCCGCCGGGGCCGCUAUCGGAGCCGCUAUUGGAGUUAUAGCAAUAAAAGUCAACGACGGCUGCCACGUGCAGUAAAACAGGACGGACAGGAAACAAAACCAACAAUUCUUUUUCUUGCUCAGUCUGUUCCCGUUUAGGGACAGUGAUGAUGGUAAAUCUUCAACAGCUUUUUUACUGAACAGUUUCCUUGUACAUAAAUGAAAAAAUUGAACUGGAUUUUGGCUGUUGGUGUAAAAUACAACCCCAUCAAAAAGAAAUCUUGAGUUUUAUGUUUCUGUGCAUUCAAAUUCAUACGUAUGAUAGAAAAGCAGAAAAGACGCUCUGAUUGUUUUAUCUCUAAACCUUUAAAAAAAGCCUUGAAUGACUUCGUAUGACUCAUCUGCAAACAAGAAUGGCUUCUGAACUUUAUAAUCGUGUUUUAAAAGUUUAAAUAUUUCCACUUUCAAAUAGCUUUUUAAACUGGUGGAAAAGAAGAAGAUGAUGAAGAAAAUCAGUUUAUCUAAUUUUGGCACUUUUUCAGAUUAAUGUAAACAGAUUGUACUGUUGUUUUAUCGUGCUUCUGUAAACCUUCAUUUCUUGCCACGUUUUACAAAGUUGAAAUAAAAAGUCCAAAACAUUGA